AUGGACUUCUUCAACUCCGUCAGCUUUCACACCCGCACCAUGAGAAUUCUCAACCAACUCCACAUCCCAGGCCUCACCGUCGCCAUCGUCCACGGAAAGGCGACCGCCUCCAGGGCCUUUGGCAUGCUCUCUCUCACGCCCCAGAACCCGCCGUCGGUGGGCAAGCCGAUGACCACGCAGACGCUCUUCGACAUUGGCCCGGCGUCCAUGUCCCUCACGGCCGCGGCCGUGGCGCUGCUCAUUGCCGACGACCAGUUCCCGGACGUCAGGUAUGACGCGGUGAUGACCGAGCUGUUGCCGGGGCAGUUUAGAAUGCCUGGGAAGAAGCACACGGGGGUUACUGUUGAGGACAUCUUGAGUCACAGGACGGGGAUGGCGCCUAACGACGAUGCGCAUAUCGGCUUCGGUUCCGCCUACAAGGACAAUCCUUACACCAUAACGAUGAAUGUGCAGAACCUGCCAACGGCAGCUCCCCUUCGGUCAAGGCACAUGCCCUGUAGUCUCAUGUACACUGUAGCAUCGUACCUCGUCGAACGCAAGGUCCGCACGAGCUUCGCCGACUUUCUCGAGGGCCACAUCUUCCACCCGCUGGGAAUGACGCAGAGCAACCCGUGGCUGAAUCGCGCGCGGCAGAGAGGGCUGGGAGACUAUAUCAGCCCCGGAUACUGGUGGGAUCCCGAGAGAUCAGAGUAUCAUUGCUUUCCAAAGGUCGACAGUCCGGCAGCCCAGGGCGCGGGCUCCAUCGUCACCAACGUCGACGACUACAUCAAGUAUAUCCGGGCCUUGAUGAAUCGGGAGCCACCGUUUACAGAGGAAGUGUACAACGGCCUCAUCCGGCCGCGGUCCAUUGUCAGCCAGGACUAUGAAACACUGCUCCCGUACAGAUCCCUCGCGGUAUGUGCGGCCGGGUGGGAGGUGUUUCACUACCGCGGAUUCAUGGUCGUUGCCCAUGGCGGACGCACAGUCGGAUCGUCCGCGACGAGCUUCUUCGUGCCAGCUCUCAAAUUUGGGGCCACCAUCUUUGCAAACACAGGGAGCGGGGCCGCUGCGGGCGACCUGCUGAUGCAGGAGUUCGUCGAUGAGGUGAUGGAGAUACCAUACCACCAACGGGUCGCGCCGAGUCUGAAGAUACAUCAGCUGUCUCGCAGUGGGCUUUACAGCGAUGCAUUCUACAAAAAAGCCAACAUAAGGAUUAACGCCAAAGGAGCACCCGCAAGGGCAAAGGCGAGCAAGCAGAAACCUGGCCCGGAGAGCGCUGGACAAAAGAUACCGCUGCACACGUACCAGGGGAAGUACUGGAGCCCGGGAUGGCGAGGCAUCAGGGCGGACAUUGAUGCACAGACGGGUCAGCUAGUCAUCGACUUCUCGGACCGGCUGAAUGGCUUUACAUUGGCGCUGGAUCACGUCGCCGGACAAACCACGUUUGUUGGCCAGAAGCGGUACCUGAGGGGGGGGCUGGGGUCGAAGAUGAGAGUUGAGUUUCGGUUGGAGGGGGACGUUGUGCAAUGGGUUGGCAUCAUGCUGGAGCCGGAGCUGGACGAUUAUAUCUGGUUUAAGCGUUCUCUGUGA